AUGUCAAGUGAUGAUUACUACUCACUGCUUGGCGUCCACCCAGACGCGACUCCUGACGAAAUAAAAGAGAGCUUCCAAAACCUCAGUUUGCUAACACACCCUGACAAGCAGCCAGUUCAUUUGCGAGAAAAUGCCCAACAGUCUUUUAAUAAGCUUUUAGAAGCCAGAGAUGUCCUUUUAGACCAAGCCAAAAGAUUUGCAUAUGAUCGAUAUGGGCAGGCUGGGGUCGAUUUAUUGAAAAAUAAAAACUAUGCGAUACAGACACUAGAUGAUCAGCAUAAAUUAGAUAGGAAAUUAAAAGGAUGGAUUAAACUUCUAAAAGAACAAGAAAUCAGGGCAGAGUUAAACCCAAAAUCUUCAGCUAUUAUGGCUUUGACUUGCGCUAAAUAUAUAGACUCGUUAGAUCACACUUAUUAUAAACAAAAAGAAAUCCCUGUGAAGCCUUCAUUAAGGCUGGAGUCUUUACAAUUGCAGGAAUCAGUUAAAUAUGAUUUUACUGAAAAUGUGUCAGGGAAUAUAGGAUUUAUGAUAUAUACUAAAGGAGGGUUUGGAUUCAGCACCAUAAUGCCGAAUAUUAUGUGGAGGUGGAAAGACUAUGUGGCACAAGCACAAGUCCAAGUAGGAGAUAGAAAUGCCUGCGCAGUCUCAAUUAUUGUAUUUUCUUAUGAAUUUAUUUUUUUAUAAAAAAUAAUUAAAAAAAAAUGAAAUAUAUAUGAAAAAAAAUACAAAAAAUUUUGAAAAAAUGUCAAUUGUAGGGCAAGUUAAUGUGCUUAAUGGAGGAGCGCUUGGGACACUUAUGAUACAAAGGAGGAUUUCUGAUACUUGUUAUAGCGAUUUAAAGCUUCAGCAAGGACUCACAAAUUCAUUUGAAGCAGGAGUACACAAAAAUUUUGGGGAGAAGAAAAAAGUUAGUUUGAAAUCAAAUGUAAAUCAGUCGGAUUUGUCAAUUGGAGUUUCAGGGUCAUAUAAAUUGAAUAAACAGACAGUGCUUAAAUCUGGGGUUGAUUUAGUUAUGAACACUCCAGAAAAUUCUCUAAAAUUACACACAUCACUCGGCGUCCUCUUACAGCUCAGCAAACAAACAGCUAUGGGCUAUAGCCUCGAAACUCAAGGUGAAGACGUCCUUUUUGUCACAAAAAUAAAGCGCGGGCACAUAAACUUCGAAAUCCCUCUGUACCUUUCUCACGCAAUGUCUUACAAAGGCUGACUGAUUGGUGCAGCAUGUGUACUAUUUGGGUCAUUUUUGACCAAAAAGAUAUACAGCGUUCUCUAUAAAAAUCCUAAAGCUCAGCUGAAAAAGGAGAAAGAAAGCGAAAUUGAAGAAAAAAAGUUCCUACAUAGGCAAGAGCUCUUAAGUAUAAUUCCAAAUGCAAAAAGGAUGGCUGAUGAAGAAGCAGCGAAAAAAGGAUUAGUAGUUAUAGAAGCAUUCUAUGGUAAAAGUGACAUAAUUGAGAAAGUAAGAAGAAAUGAGGAAAAUAACAGUGAGGAAAUUCUUGAUGUCAAGUAUCUUAUAGAGUAAAUAAAUGAAUUAAUAUAAUCAUUAAUAAGAAAUUAGCUGAUAAUAUUUAAUUUAAUGAAGAAUAUACAACAUUUAGUAGAAAAUUCCAAGCUGAAUUUGUCAAACACGACAAAGUCAACUUUGCCUGGGUUUUAUAACCCUUGCGUUGAUGCCUCUGUGAAGCCUUAUUUGUAUAUUAAAUACUCGUAUGGAGAUGCUAUUGACAUGGUGAUUGCUAAAGAUGAAGAUGCAAUAAAUAUUCCUAUUUAA